AUAAAUGUAGAACUCAUUCAUCGUAUGAGGGGGAAGGAAGCAAAUCAAAAACCUUUGGAAAAUGUCGAGUCUAACAGAUGACGUGUACUACGCACAAAUAUCUUGUCCCAAAAGGAAGCUCACGAUACUCCGAGGCUUCCAAUGGCCCACGCUCGAUAACAUUUUCGUUGCAGCCGCACAAAUUGGCAUCGUUGGCCGUUACUUGAUAAGUGCCAAGGACAAUACCAUCAUUGGCGACCAUUUAGCAUUGCGUUAUUUGCUGAAGAGGCAGCACACGAUCCUGGUGUGUGACUCUUUGGAUGGCCUCAACAACGAAAAGGUUUGCCUUAAAGUUUCCGGCGAGACAGCCACUGAAGAGGCUGUGGUACAGGGCCUGGAGCUGGAGCUCACCAAAUCGGAGGGGGCACUGUUGCAGGAGCUGUUGAAGGGAGUCACCAGUCAGGUUGUGAUCGCAUUCAGGCAGUUCCUCUCGCGGCAGACACAAUCGAAAGCUUAGAGUAGAAAUUCAAAAUUAAAUGCUUUCCCCUGUACUGAAGAAUAAAGCUGUCCGACUAUCUUCGGUAGAUAAAUAGCCAGAGGUAUCUUUCAGAUAAGAUUCUUUGAGUGUCUGCCUUAAUUAUGAAUCAAACUCUGCACCUUGAACCUCUCCUAUUAUAUCAGUCCACUCCAAACACUUCAGCGAUAAUCCAAUAGAAGAUACCAAAAUUAAUUAAGUUCUAAAUUGUCUGAACC